AUGGCAGCGACCAAAAACGAAGUCGCCAAAUCCUCAGCAUGGCUGCUGGAGAAAGCCCAGAAUGCUGCGAAUGCGUCUGGCACUGGACCAGAAGCCGUCGCGAAGAUCCUACAAAAAGCGAAGGAGCAGAAGGAAGCGAACAAUGAGGAGCAUCAGAAGAGGAUGGGCCUUCUGAGCAAGAAGAUGACGGAUCUGCGAGCAAAGCACGAGAUGAACCCGUUCAAGAACGCAGAGCAGCCCCCGCUACAGAAAGCUGACAAGCCUAAAAAGCUAAAAGUAAAUACGAAGGAGCUGGGCAAGGCGCAGGCUAAGUCUUCGACUCCGACCCCGAUCCAGAAGAAGCCACAGGAGAAAGACUCUGAAAAUCGAUCUAAUCCUUCAUCUCUUCCAUGCAAGAUGAGGAAGCAGAGGGAGCCUUUGAAAGACGAGCAGAAGCAACCUCCUAAGGACGAGCCGAAGAGUGCGACGUUUGCAGAAUCAUCGACUGCAGACGCUUCACGAGAGCGGACGGCUGCUACCACUUCAAGGGCUGCAACGUCAGCAACGUCAACCAACGCAUCAGACUCAGAAAUUGUGCCAUUUAACGACCUCUUCAUCUCAGACGAUCCAGACGACAAAUUCCCCAUCGCAAAAUCGCUGCCAUCCUGGUACGCAUCCAUCCAUGUCAAAGACCCCAGAAUGGAAGCCAUGACCAAAAAGCGGCCCCUCGCACUCGUAACCCUCCAAGCCCUCAAAGCCGCCCUAGGCGAUUGCGAAAAGCCCAACAAAUCUCCUGCCGAACUCGAAAUCCUCUACGACAAGAUCCGCGACCUUAUCCACAAAGCCGAAAUCGACAUCCAAGUCUCUCAAGUGCUACUCCGCAAAGCCAUGACUCUAAGCCCAGACUACGGUCUCCCGCGCAUCUUCAAACCAGGCACGAAUUUCCCAUGGGAUUUGAAGGCGGAUGCUUAUCGACUGUAUAAGCGCUGGUACAAGUGCGAUCUUAAUCAAGAUAUACUGCGGGGUAUCGUACCGCAUAAGGGGGAUAACAGGACGAGUGACCGGCUGGAUGAUACGUACCGGGCUCAGUUUCCCACGACUCCGAAAUAUUAUGGCGAGGGGGAGUUGGUGCUGGGUCAGUGGUGGCCCACGCAACUUUGUACCGUGCGCGAUGGCGCUCAUGGGUCCGCUCAGGGAGGUAUCUACGGCGAGCGCGAUAAAGGUGCUUAUUCCAUUGUGCUCUCAGGCGGAAACCCGUAUCACGAUGUCGACAACGGCGGCACUAUCGAAUACUCUGGCACCGAAGGACGCAAUUCGAUACCUACAGAGAAUACCCUGCACCUACUUAAAUCCGCGGAACUGGUCAACCCCAUUCGCGUCAUUCGAUCGGCGCAGCUGAAUAAAAAGAAUCCUUUCCGACCGGAAUUGGGACUGAGGUACGAUGGCUUGUAUAUAGUGAGGGGGUAUACACUGGUGGAUAGGGAGAAGGCUAUGUAUAGGUUCAGGCUAGAGAGGUGUGAGGGGCAGGAGGGGAUUAGGUGGCAGGGGAAGGGGAGGAGACCGACGGAGUAUGAGUGUAGGGAGUUUAGGCGGUUGAAGGAUAAGGGUGUUGGUGUUAGUUGGUAG